GGUACAAUCUGUGAGAGCGGAGCACAGCAUCCACAGCUUGUUACCAGGUGGGUGUGACAGAGCGAGCGGCUUCUUAACAACAGGGGAAGUUCACGGGAAUUAUAUUCUGGGGUUUUUUUGUCCACGCCGUUACCUGCAGGACACUCUUAAAAAUGGCAGCCUCUGAAGAUAUUCAGGUCAAAGAGCUUGACAAGCGGGCCUCUGGCCAGGCCUUUGAGGUUCUGUUGGGCACUCCUGCCCCAGAUGGGAAGGGUGAGUUCCCACUGUCUCCUCCCAAAAAGAAGGAUGUGUCACUGGAGGAGAUUCAGAGGAAGCUGGAUGCUGCCGAGGAGAGACGCAAGAACCACGAAGCUGAAGUCCUGAAGCACUUGGCUGAGAAGCGUGAGCAUGAAAAGGAAGUGCUCCAGAAAGCAAUGGAGGAGAACAACAAUUUCAGCAAGAUGGCAGAGGAGAAGCUGACUCUAAAGAUGGAGGCCAACAAAGAGAACCGCACAGCACUUAUGGCAGCCAUGAAUGAGAAAUUCAAGGAAAAGGACAAGAAGCUUGAAGAGGUGAGAAAGAACAAGGAGACCAAAGACCCAAACUCAGAAGGCACUUCGGAAGACUGAAACUUAAAAAGGGGGAUUGUAUAGGGUUUUUUACGUAUCCAAAGAUUGAUUUAUUUUUUGUUCAGCCAGUAUUUUUGUUGUCUCCACUUCCCACCUUUUUGAAAUAAAUACAAGUUCCACUUUGUGAAUUUUUCAAUUGUCUUGCUAUAAGUGUACUUGCGCUUGUUUUACAUGUGGCUAUUUCCCUCCCUUUGCGUCUAAUCCAUUUGAUAUGUAGCUCGUCAGUGCCGCUUCUGCCCCUUGUGAAAAUUAGCAGUGUAUCUAUUCUUUGAAGGAAGCAUGUUUCUAUGCAUAGGUCUGUUAUCUCUGCCUAUUCCAUGCGUUUUGACUGUCCAUGUGAACCACACCUGUUCUCAGCACUACUGUAUGUAAAAAAAAAAAUUAAUAAAAACGUAGCACAAGGUAUGAUCAAGGCGUCGGCUGUUAUACAUGCAGGUGUUUAGAGUGCAGCUUGGGUCCCCAGAUUCUGCUUGUUUGCUCCUGCAGAUCUUUUUUUGUGCCACUGCUUAAUUUGCUUUUUUAAAAAAAAUGUAUGGGAUUGUCUUCAAAGCACAUGACUCUUUGCUGUAUAGCUGUGAAUUAACAUGCCAAACAUGGAAAGCGAUGCUGCUUUGAACAUCGUGUAAAGAACAGGGGUCUAACACAUGGAAUGCAUAAGAGCAAUACACUUUGGCAUCUCGACACAUUGGCAAGUUGACUUGAACUGUUGUACUAAAACAAAUAAAAAUGUAAACACUG